UGGAAUGGCUCGGGCGGGAAGGGACAUUAAAGAUCAUCUCGUUCCCACCCCCUGCCACUGGCACGGACACCUUCCACUAGCCCAGGUUGCUCCAGCCUGGCCUUGGACACUUCCAGGGAUGGGGAAUAUGUUCCAUAUAUAUUUAUAUAACCCACAUAUGUUUAUCUCUGCCAUGUACCUUUAUCUAUUCCAUGUACAUUUAUUUAUUCCAUGUAUAGUUAUCUAUUCCAUGUACAUUUUCCUAUUCCAUGUAUAUUUGUAUAUUCCACGUGUAUUCCAGGGUCCUGUAGCAUCCAGAACCAUCCACCCGUGUCCUUGUUUACCUUCACAUAUAAAAUCAUUUCUUUUUCCCCUCCUGUUAUAGAUGGUGACAAGUGACAACACCAGAGCCCGGUGCUGUGUCCCAGAGCUGUGUCUGCCGUGUCCCAGAGCUGUCAGCUCCAUUUUCCAGGCCAGUGCAGGGUGGCCCAGACUGGAGGUGGCACUCAGGGUUACUCAGGGCUCUGAUGUUCCCCCGUGAGCUCAGCACUGAGAAAAAUCACCCUCCUGAUGGUCCUGACUCAAAAUAAAUCCAGGAACCUAAUUUAAUAAAAUGAGUAGUGCAGGGUACCAGGAGACACCAGAGCAUCCCUGGCCUGUAUCACUUUGCACAUCCUCACACCAGCCACAGACCAGGAAUUUUCCCACCUAUUUAAAGAUCUUCAUUCUUGGAGAUUGAGAGAAUAAAUACUUAGAAAAAAAAUAGCACUCUAGCUCCUUGUCUCCUGGUUACCUGGGAAUGAAAGCAGCAGGAUGCAGCCCAGGCCCAGAAUCAUCCAGCCAUUAGGCUGGACGUUGCACCAACUUACUUAUUUUAUCAUUGCUGAAUUAAAAAGCCUCGAGGUCAACACCAAAUGCAUUUCCAAUUCCCCUUAAAGAAAAGCCCUGCCAAUAAACAAAGGAUUUCCUUUUUUAUAAGGAGAUUAUGCAGCCAAGACUCUGAUGAUGAAAGAUUAGUUUUAUUCCAGCGCUGAGCCUCCCAGUAAAACCACAGUGGGGCUGACGAUGAGGGAGCUGUAAAACCCUCUGCUCACUGAUAUUCUCCUAAAAAUCCACUAUUUUUAAAGCUAAACCAUGUGAGCUGGGCUGGAGACUGUGAGAAAGGUUAAUGCAAUUAACGGAGGGCUAAUGACAUCAGCCAGCAGGAGAAGCCACCUCUAAAUCCCGAAGCACCCAGCGGUGACCUUUUCCCAACAAAACCCCAUUUCCCGGGAGCUGGUGGAGAGAGCAGGAGGAUCAGUGUGGACAGAGGUGAUGCUUAAAAUGAAACAGAGCUGGGGAGGUGACUGAGACAGGGCACACUGAGGCCCAGAGGAGCCAGAGGAGGAGAAUCCAGGUUGCUCCAAAGCCUUGGAGGAGCCGCCGUGUCCCGGCUGCCGUGGCUCGUGGGGUGAAGAGUCAGAGCCUGGAUCCCACUGAGCCUCCUGCACUGUCUGGAGCUGCUGGAAUUAAUUAGCACCAAUUAACUGAUGGAAACAACUCGCUUGGAGCUGUGAACUGGGACAGCUGGAGGAGCUGGAGCUGCCUCUCCAUCGGCACCAGACAUCCCUGCAAAUCCAUCAGCACCGCAGAUCCUGCAUCCCCACCAGCACCAGAUAUUCCUGCGUCUCCAUCAGCUCGAUCAGCAGCAUUCCCGCAUCCAUGGAGAGGGUGGAGUGGUCCCCCGGCUCUCUGGAAUGUGUCUGCCACGGCGCAGGAGGAUGCCUGUGGGGUGGCUGACGGGAAUACUCCAGCGGGACUGGAUCCGCGCAGCCCCGUUCCCUGCACGGGGGGAUGCGGAGCAGAGCCCUGGCUGGAGGGAGCCGGGAUUCCCUCUGGAAUGUCCCGGGAGAUGGUGAGAGCGGGUCAGGGUGGGAGCGGAGCAUCCACGGAGGGCGUGGGGCCCGGCGGGCGCCGGGAGCGCGCUGGGGGUGGCUCGGGCUCCCUCUCCCGGCUCUGCCGGGGUACAAUUGAGCGUAAAUCCUUGCGAGUGGGAAGCUCCCGGGCCUGCGAGCUCCCUCGGCUGCAGGGGAUGGCGCGGGGACACGAUGGAGGGCAGCGGGGUCCCGGGGGACACGCGUGGCAGCGUGGAUCCCUUGGGAUGAGCACAGCUCCUGCGGGACACGGGCAGGGGGGUGCUCAGGAAUCUGGGCCGGGUUUAAGAACCAAACCCCUUCCAAACCCGGGCUGGGGGUCCCCUGUGCCCCCUCCACCUCCCACCUCGCAGCAUCCAGAGCCCACGCGCGGACAAGGGCUGUGUUUCCCUCCGCCCUCAUCCCACGCCUCUGUUGUCCGUGUCCCAUUCCCCGGCGCUGCCGAGCGGGAGGAAGGAGCUGCUGCCCGGGUGGACGCGAGGAAUUAAAGCGAGUCAUGGGGAACAGUGGACCCUGCCGGGCUGGCAGGGGCUGUGGGAAGAGCAGAGCCCGUGGGGUCCGUGUCCAGGAGGCUGGGGGCACAUGGAGAGCUGCAGAUCCACGGCCCCAGCACAAGGAAUGCUCCUGGGAAAGAGAUUGCCCAAUCCAUCCCGAAUCCAAGCUGGAGAGACUUCACAUGGCCCAACCCAUCCCCAGUCAGAGCUGCAGAGGCUUCAUCAGCCCCUUACUCACCACUUGGCUUCCCGAGCUACCCAGGCUGAGCUGGUUACACCAGUUUAACCCUUCACUUGCUGGAACUCUUGGAAAGAGCCUGGCUGGGCUCGUGGAGAGCAGCACUGUGGAGAGCAACAACGAGGCCCUGCUGUGACCCGUGACUGCCGUGUCACCACAUGGGUCUGGGGUGCUCCAUCCAAGCUGCUGGCCAAGGCAUUGCUCCAAAGGCCACGAUGGUUGGCUCUGGGGGUGCAGCUCAGGCACCAGAUCUGCUGCUCCAGGGGUUUGCUGGAUGGUGGGAGGUGGGAAUGCUCCGUGAGUGGGGCUGGCUGGGCUGUGUUAGCCCCACAGGGCUGGAGGGACGGGCCAUGGCCACGCUGCCACCAGCUGAGGUGGUCCCAGUGCUGCCAGAGGUGGUGGCCCCACUGUUGCCUCCUGUGGUGAUCCCAGUGCUGACACUGGGUGUGGUUAUCCCGAUGUUUUUCCUUCAGAUGGGUGAUCCCAGUGCUGCCAUUGGACAUGGUGGUGCCAGUGUGGACAGGGUGGUCCCAGAGCUGCCAUCAGGGGUGGUGGCCCCGAGGCUGCAGCCAGAGGCAGGUGGAACAGCUCUUUCCAGUCCUCCAGGCCCUGCUCCUCCUCAGUGCCAUUGUUCCCUCUGAAAUGAAGGAUGUGGGGUCUCCUCCCUUGGCAGAACUUCAUUCCUAAGGACAGACCCCCUGAGCUGCUCCCUGGGCCCAUCCAGGCCGGUGCCACCCUCAGAGCCUCCUGGCCCUGCCCUGCUGCAGUGGGGUGGCCAGAGCUGAGCACAGAAAUUGCAGAGCCACAAACACAGCGUGGAUCCUCCUCCCGGCCUGGGCACUCCUGGGUUAUCCCAGAGCUGCUGCAGCUGCGAAUUAUACGGAGGCUCAUGUUUGGAUUUCGUGGCAGAUAAUUUAUAGAGAAGCCCAGGGACAGAUUUUCACCCCCUUUGAUGAAGGUUCAUCUGGAAUAACAAUACUUGGUAGGACCUGGCUCUGGACCUCACUGACAGCCCAAGCCCUCCGACUUGAAAGCAAGAUGUUUCCACUUAAAGACAGUGUCAGCAAGAACCAUCUCCCUCUCACUGCCUCUCCUGCUCGUCCCUCUGCCAUCAUCUGGUUCCCAUUAGCCCUGGACAAGGUCCCGUUCUGCUCAGGGAAAUAGGAGGGGACUUGGAGCCACUUCUACUCACUGCAAGUAUGAAUUGAAUGUGGUGCACAAAUGAAAAUGCAACGAGAGCCGACAUGUGAAGGGAAUCGGAGCCAUGGCAGCUCCUGCCGGUGCAAAAUCACUUCCAAGGGCACGGGAGAUGGAGGGUGGGAGCUGAGGUUCCCAGUGUGCCCAGUCCCCAGCCUGUGGUGAUGGGGAUAGCAGGAGCUGGAGGGAUCCAGGUGGUCCAUGGAAGGAGCUGAAGGAUGAAAUAUCCCCUUUGAUCCUGACUGGCUCUGGGUGUCUGGGAAGAUCUGAAGGAUAAAAUACCCAAGCAAGGAUCCAGGCUGUGGUACCUGGGAAUUUCUCCAGUCUAUGAGUGCCACUGGUCAGCCCAGGAAUUCUGCCCAGUUAUCCAGCACAAGCUGAGGAUCCCAAGGGAUUCCUCUUAACAGCUCAUUAUCCAGAGGCGAAAGCAUCCAACGCAUGACACCCUCCCAAAGGUCAGGCUCAAGGAGGCAUCUGCUGGAGGUUGGAAAAUCUGAGCAGACGUGGGAAAACCUUCAGGGAAGUGCUGGGCUGACCCUGGGAUGGAGGUCGGGCAGGGAGUCAGUGGCACGAGGGCUCAGUGACACCUUCAACAUCGACACCAGGAGGCCCAGGAUCAUCGCUGGCUCCAAGGAAGCCUAUUUUGGCUACACGGUGCAGCAGCACGACAUCGGGGGCCAGAAAUGGCUGGUGGUGGGAGCUCCCUACGAGACCAACGGCCAGCAGAAGACUGGAGAUGUCUACAAGUGUCCAGUGACCAGCGACAGCCACAGCAACUGCACCAAACUCAACCUAGGCCGGGUGACGCUCUCCAACGUCUCCGAGAGGAAGGACAACAUGCGCCUGGGGCUCAGUCUGGCCACCAACCCCAGGGACAACAGCUUUCUGGCCUGCAGCCCCCUCUGGUCCCACGAGUGCGGGAGCUCCUACUACACCACCGGCAUGUGCUCCCGCGUCAACUCCAACUUCAGGUUCUCCAAGACGGUGGCUCCGGCUCUGCAGAGAUGCCAGACCUACAUGGACAUCAUCAUCGUUCUGGAUGGAUCCAACAGCAUCUACCCCUGGGUUGAAGUGCAGCACUUCCUGAUAAACAUCUUGAAAAAGUUCUAUAUCGGUCCCGGCCAGAUCCAAGUCGGAGUUGUUCAGUAUGGAGAAGAUGUUGUCCAUGAGUUUCAUUUAAAUGACUACAGGUCUGUAAAAGACGUGGUGGCAGCUGCCAGUCACAUAGAGCAGAGGGGAGGCACAGAGACCAGGACAGCCUAUGGGAUAGAGUUUGCUCGCUCGGAAGCGUUUCAGAAAGGUGGCCGGAAAGGGGCAAAGAGAGUAAUGAUUGUCAUCACAGAUGGAGAGUCCCACGACAGCCCAGACCUGGAGAAGGUGAUCGAGGACAGCGAGAAGGACAAUGUCACCAGAUACGCGGUGGCGGUCCUGGGUUAUUACAACAGAAGAGGAAUCAACCCCGAAGCCUUUUUGAACGAGAUCAAAUUCAUAGCGAGCGACCCCGACGACAAACACUUCUUCAAUGUCACGGAUGAAGCAGCACUCAAGGACAUUGUGGAUGCUCUGGGAGAGAGGAUAUUUAGCUUGGAAGGAACCAACAAGAAUGAGAUCUCCUUUGGCCUGGAAAUGUCCCAGACUGGAUUUUCCUCACACGUUGUGGAAGACGGGAUCCUCCUGGGGGCAGUGGGAGCCUACGACUGGAAUGGAGCUGUCCUGAAGGAAACCAGCAGUGGGAAGGUCAUUCCCCUGAGGGAAUCUUAUCUCCAGGAGUUCCCCGAGGAGCUGAAGAAUCACGGGGCGUAUUUAGGUUACACCGUCUCCUCCGUCGUUUCCACCAAGCACGAGCGGAUUUACGUGGCGGGAGCUCCCAGGUUCAACCACACGGGGAAGGUCAUCCUCUUCAGCAUGCACAGCAACAGGAACCUCACCAUCCACCAGGCCCUGAAAGGAGAGCAGAUCGGUUCCUACUACGGCAGCGAGAUCAACUCCCUCGACGUCAACGGCGACGGCGUCACCGACGUGCUGCUGGUGGGAGCCCCCAUGUACUUCAGCGAGGGCAGGGAGAGGGGCAAGGUCUAUGUCUACACCCUGCAGGAGAACCGCUUUGUUCCCGGUGGAGCCCUGGUGGACCUGCAGAGUUACCAGAACUCGCGCUUCGGCUCCUGCAUCGCCGCCGUGCCCGACCUCAACCAGGACACCUACAACGACCUGGUGGUGGGGGCACCCCUGGAGGACGAGCACCAGGGAGCCAUUUACAUCUUCCUGGGCUUCCAAGAGACCAUCCUCAAGAAGUACAAGCAGAGGAUUGCAGCUGCUGACCUCGCUCCAGGCCUGAUGUAUUUUGGGUGCAGCAUCCACGGGCAGCUGGACCUGAACGAGGACGGGCUCGUGGACUUGGCCGUGGGCUCGCUGGGGAACGCGGUGCUGCUGUGGUCCCGCAGCGUGGUCCAGAUCAACGCCAGCAUCCGCUUCGAGCCCUCCAAGAUCAACAUCUUCACCAAGGACUGCAAGAGGAACGGGAAGGACGCCACCUGCAUGUCGGCCUCCGUCUGCUUCACCGCCCUCUUCCUCUCGGCCCACUUCCAGACGGCCAGCGUGGGGCUGCGCUUCAACACCACGCUGGAUGAACGACGCUACACGCCGAGGGCUCACCUGGACGAGGGCGGCGAGCGGCCGGCUCAGAGGGCACUGGUGCUGCCGGCUGGGCAGGAGCGCUGCCAGAGCCUCCCCUUCCACGUCCUGGACACGGCGGACUACGUGAAGCCGGUGACGUUCUCCAUCGACUACGAGCUGGAGCACCCGGAGCAUGGCCCCAUGCUGGAUGAUGGGUGGCCCACCUCCCUCAGGGUCUCGGUCCCUUUCUGGAAUGGGUGCAAUGAGGACGAGCACUGUGUCCCUGACCUGGUCCUGGAUGCCAGGAGUGAUGUCCCCAGUGCCAUGGAGUUCUGCCGGCGGGUGCUCCGGAGGGGCCCCCCGGAAUGCUCGGCCUUCAGCCUGUCCUUCGACGGCUCCGUGUUCGUGCUGGAGAGCAGCAGGAGGAGGGUGGCGGUGGAGGCCACGCUGGAGAACCGCGGGGAGAACGCCUACAGCACCGUCCUCAACAUCUCCUUCUCCAGGAACCUGCAGCUCGCCAGCCUCAUCCCCAAGGACGACACCGACGUCAACAUCGACUGCACGGCUGACGACAGGCACCCCAACAAGAGAGUGUGCAACGUCAGCUACCCCUUCUUCAGAGCCAAGGCCAAGGUAGCUUUUCGCCUGGAUUUUGAGUUCAGCAAGUCGGUUUUCUUGGAGAACAUGGAGAUCUACAUGAUUGCCAGCAGUGACAGUGAGGAGAAGGAGAGCACCAAGGAGGACAACUUUGCCCACCUCAAUUUCCACCUGAAGUACGAGGCCGACCUGCUCUUCACCAGGACAUCGAGCCUGGACUACUACGAGGUCAGGUCCAACAGCUCCCUGGAGAGAUACGACAGCAUCGGCCCCCCCUUCCACUGCACCUUCAAGCUGCAGAACCUGGGCUUCUUCCCCGUGGAGGGGGUGACCAUCAGGAUCACCGUCCCCGUGGCCACCCGGGCAGGCAAUCGCCUCCUGCUCCUCACUGACUUCCUGCUGGACCAGGAGAACACAACCUGCAGCCUCUGGGGGAACACCACUGACUACAGGAGGACCCCGGCUGAGGAGGACCUGACCCGCACCCCUCACCUGAACCACAGCAACUCCGACGUGGUUUCCAUCGACUGCCACGUGAAAUUAGCCCCCAACGAGGAGAUGAACUUGCACUUGCGUGGCAAUCUGUGGAUGAAGUCUCUGAAAGCACUGAAGUUCAAGUCACUGAAGCUCACCACGAACGCCGCUCUCCAGCGACGCUUCGGGAGCCCCUUCAUCUUCCGGGAGGAGGAUCCCAGCCGCCAGAUCACAUUUGAGAUCUCCAAGCCCGAGGAGUCACAGAUCCCCAUCUGGAUCAUCCUGGGGAGCACCUUAGGAGGUCUCCUCCUCCUGGCCCUGCUCGUCCUCGCUCUCUGGAAGCUGGGAUUUUUUAAGAGCGGGAACCGCAGGAGAGCGGCGGAGCAGGAGCAGAAUUCCAUGGGGCUGGAAUGACACUGCCGGGGCCAGGAGCCCCCUGUGCCCCCUCCCGGCCCCUCGCCAGCUCCGGAGCAGGAGGUCACCUCCAUCCCGAGGGAUUUGGGUGCUGAGCUUGGGUUUGCACCGAGAGGAGAGAACACCCCUUCGUGUGACAUCACCUGAACCGGUCCAAAAGCCAAAAAAACACCCUUAAACACGCCCAAAAAUCCACCCCAAGAGGAGCUUCGGGCUGGGUCUGCAGCGAGGUGGCAGCGACACAGGCGAUGAGGGGCCACCACAGCGACGUGUCCCGUGGGCUGGGACAAACCACGGGGCUGCAAAACUCUUUACAAUAACAAUAUCCAUUAAAAAAAGAAACAAAACAAACGAGGAUUGCUCAUUCCUGUGGCGGGGCUGCAGCAUUCCCUGGGCUUUGCUGGCCACGGCUCUCAAACUGCCUUCGUUGACAGGAGUAAUUAAGGUGGAGAUUUUAAUUUGCCGCCUUCUGAAUGCACUGAAUGAAACGAUAGCGAGUGAAAGCACCUUAAUGCAAAUCUCCGGUGUCCAGCUGUACAUAAUUAUUCUACAAAUAUUUACCUGUCGAAGGAGGGAAAAAAUAAAAUAAAAACUAUUAAAAAAAAAAAAAAAAAAAAAAAAAGGGAAUUCAAAGCAGUUUGAUGGAUUUUCUCCCAAGGGAGCAGUUUGGGAGAGCUCGUGGCCAGGAGGGCCCUCACGUGUAUCAUACCUGUACAUACCUGGGGUCCCCCAAAAGCAGCUGAUGGUGCUGUUGGGCAGCAGCGUGCUCCUUGUGCAUCCCAGAAUUAUUUAUGCUAAUGUUAAUUUUAUGGGUGGAAAAAAAGAAAGCAAGACGUCAUGCGGGAUGUGGAACGAAGGUUGUUAAAUGUCG